AUGCGCGACUGGGUUGCACUCUUCGACACAGCCGCUACAACGCAGAGGACACAAAAGUCCAAGGAACCAUCGCUCCAAGACAAGCCGGCGAAGCUAGCAGAGUCAGUGGAGUGGAGCAUGAAGUGUAUCUCAAUUGAGACGGACAAAACGCUGGACAUUUUCAGGUCUCACAUAUUUUGUGCCAGAGGAAUGCCGGCCGUUUUCUGUCCUGUUGCUACACAACAGACGGAGAACAGUCGAAUGGCUCGUGACGAGGUGUAA